AGCUGGUCUUUCUGUGAAAAUACUUGAGCAAACAGAGCGUUAUGGUGGAAGAGUCUAUACGUAUGGUAAAGAAAGUGGUCUUGCGUCUGGUUUGUAUGCAGAAGCAGGGGCUAUGCGAAUUCCUUGUGAUGCAGAUGGUCAAUCUGAGGGGCAACAUUAUUUGACAAAUGGUUACAUCAAGAACUUCAAUCUACCAAUAAAAAGUUUUCCAAACUACGAUGAAAAUGCCGUUUCUUGUAUCUAUGGGUUUCGCGAAAAAACUAAAAUUUGGUGUGAGACACAUUUCAUCAAAAUUUGGCCAAAUUGGAAAGAUGGCAUAAAGGAAGAGUUAAAAGGAGAUAUAACUGAUAUUUAUAAAUAUUACCAAGAAACAACAAAUGUCGUCACUGGCCAGCUUUGCACCUGGUUAUCGAAUUCCAAGAGCGUCGGUGAUCAAGUCAAUGCUUGGGAUCGAUGGAUUAAAAUUUGGAGUCGGUUCACGGUGGAAAGUUUUCUUGAAAGUAACAUCAAUGCGAUUAAAGCCAAAGUGUCUGUUGAAGACCAGAAAGACUUAGAUUUAGUCAAACUUGAAAAACUUUUGCCAUGGUCUAACGAUGCCGUUCGUGGUUUUUCUGUAUUUUGCUAUGUGCCCGAAAUUGAACAGUCCCUGGACCACUUUCUUUCUUUUAAACUGGGAAAGUGGUCAUCUGGUAAGAUGCAUUGCUUGAAAGGUGGUAUGCAUAAUUUGGCUAAAGCGUUUUAA